AUGGAGUUGGUCUGCUGUAACUGUGGAUACACCGCUCCAUCUUCGCCACUGGCGUCGCCGGCGAUUGGUCAGCUAAAGACCCAUCGGAAAUAUGAAAAGUUCUACCGGAGGUGUUCAUCUGAAAGUAAAGCUAGGAGGCCAGUGAGUGUUCGAGCCCAGAGAAGUGGUUCUUUGGUACAAGUCGAGAAGCCCAUCAGUACAAGCAUUAGCAGCGCACUGGAGCAGCUGGAUAUUGAAAGAGGUGUUUGUAUUCCCUUUCGGAAGUACACUCCGGAAUCGGUUAGGAAUACUGUGUUGGAGUCAAGAGGUUCAAUAUUGUCAUUAAUUGGCAGAGGUGUGGAAAUUUUAUGGGGUUUGGGACUCUACUGGUCUGCCUUGAUGUACGAUUGUUUUGUGGGCCGUGAUGAAGAAGUUGUUCCAUUUCGUGCACGCCAACUGAGGAAUCUUCUGUGUGACUUGGGCCCUUCUUUUAUUAAAGCUGGACAGGUGCUUGCUAAUAGGCCUGAUAUUAUCAGAGAGGAUUACAUGAAUGAACUUUGCAUCCUUCAAGAUGAUGUUCCUCCUUUCCCAAAUCAGGUAGCUUUUGACAUAAUAGAAGAGGAGUUGGGCCAACCUCUAGAGGCCGUUUUCAGCAAAAUAUCAUCAGAGACAAUUGCAGCUGCAAGCUUGGGUCAAGUUUAUCGAGCUACACUCCGAUCAUCUGGAGAGGAUGUUGCUAUAAAGGUGCAAAGGCCUGAAAUAGAGCCCAUUAUUUAUAGAGAUCUCUUUCUUUUUCGUACUCUAGCAUCGUUCUUGAACGGGAUCAGCCUGCAAAAGCUGGGCUGCAAUGCAGAGCUUAUAGUUGAUGAAUUUGGAGAAAAGCUUUUGGAGGAGCUUGAUUAUACCUUGGAAGCCCGUAACAUUGAAGAUUUUAUUGAGAAUUUCAAGGGUGAUCCAACAGUUAAAAUACCACGCGUCUAUAAGGAGCUUUCUGGUUCACGUGUGUUAGUGAUGGAGUGGAUUGAUGGAAUUCGAUGCACGGAUCCUCAGGCUAUCAAGAAUGAAGGAAUUGACGUGGGUGGUUUUUUGACGGUUGGAGUAAGUGCGGCGUUGCGACAGUUGCUGGAAUUUGGUCUGUUUCAUGGGGAUCCACACCCUGGAAAUAUCUUUGCCAUGCGUGAUGGACGUAUUGCAUAUGUGGACUUUGGGAAUGUGGCUGUUCUCAGUCAGCAAAAUAAGCAAAUUCUUAUAGAUGCUGUUGUCCAUGCUGUAAACGAAGAUUAUGCUGAGAUGGCUAAUGAUUUUACCCGGCUCGGUUUUCUGGCCAGUGGAACUGAUGUAUCCCCUAUAAUUCCAGCUCUGGAAGCAAUAUGGCAGAACUCUGUUGGGAAAGGCCUAUCGGACUUUAACUUCAGAAGUGUUACAGGGAAAUUCAACCAGCUAGUCUACAAUUAUCCUAUUCGAAUUCCAGAGAGGUUCUCUCUUGUUAUUCGCUCUUUGUUGACUCAAGAAGGCAUAUGCUUCACCCUGAAGCCUGAUUUCAAAUUUCUUGAGGUUGCCUAUCCAUAUGUCGCAAAGCGCCUUCUGACAGAUCCUAAUCCUGCUCUACGUGAACGUCUUAUCCAGGCAUGUCACAUUAUUGAGUUCGUUUUGUUCAAAGAUGGGGUUUUCCAGUGGAAAAGGCUUGAGAACCUCAUCAUCUUAGCGAAAGAAAAUGUGGCUAAGAUGAGCAGCAACCCUGCAUUGCAGAAAAACAAUAUCUCUAGGGAGCUACAAAUUGCAAGGAAAUUGGACCUCACAGACACUAUCAAGGAUGGGACCCGGCUGUUUCUAAUUGAUGAAGGGAUUCGUAGACAGCUUCUUCUUGCUCUCACAGAAGACUCCAAGCUUCAUAUUCAAGAGCUUGUAGACGUAUACAGAUUGCUCGAGGACCAAAUAGACAUACCUUCGGUUGCUUUACAAGUCGCGCGAGAUCUUCCUUCUGUUGCUCGGGACGUAAUGCUUUCAUGGAGUGCCUCUGUCUUGUCUGAUAGAUAA